AUGGUUGUUUUAGCUGCAUCUAUCACCACUCGCAGUGGGAAGCCUUUAUUAUCCCGUCAAUUCAAAGAUAUUACCAGGGAUCGUGUAACAGAAUUACUUUCCAAUUUUCAAGGUUUAGUUUCCAACUCUAAAUCACAACACACUUUUGUAGAAGAUGAACAUGUAAGAUAUGUUUAUAGGCCAUUUGAAGAUUUUUACAUUAUUUUAAUCACUAAUCGUCAGUCUAAUAUUAUUCAAGAUUUAGACACUUUGAACUUGUUUACUCAAACAGUGAAUUCAAUGUUAAAGGGCUUUGACGAAAAUGACAUUUUCGAUAAUGCCUUUGAAAUUUUAGGCUCUUUUGAUGAAAUAAUUUCAUUGGGUUACAAGGAAAAUUUGACGUUGAGCCAAAUUCAAAACUUUUUAUCUAUGGAAUCUCAUGAGGAAAUGAUUCAAGAAAUCAUCGAACGUGGUAAAGAAUUUGAUGCUAAGGAACAAAGAAAACGUGCUGCACAGGAGUUAAUGAGAAAAGAGCAAGAAAGAAAAAUGUAUGGUGGUAAUUUACCCGAAGAAUCACUUAAAUUUGGUGCUCAUAACAAUGCUUCUAAUUUGAACAAUGCUUACAAUAGUUAUUAUAGCCAGGCCUCUCCAGAAGCUCAGAAAUCAUAUUAUCAACACAAUACUGGUAACGAUAAUAACGGUAUUCCUUCUUCUAAUGAGGCAUAUGGGUCUAACUCGUUAGAAAAAUCUGUCAGGGGGUUGAAGAUUGGAGAAUCUAUAAACAAAGCUUCCGGCGGUAGAAAUGUUGGCAAUAUUAAUAACAAUACUGGAACAUUUGGUACGAGAAGUUCCAAUAACAAUAAUACCAGCGACAACAACAACAAUAGUAACUUUAUUAAUACGAAGCCUACUAUUGAAGAACCUGAAAAUAAUGGUAUUUUGACAAUGAUCAAGGAAACAAUCAACGCACAAAUUUCAAGAGAGGGCGAUGUCUCCACUUCUGAGUUAAAGGGUGUUUUGGAGUUACGUAUUAAUGAUCCUGAAUAUAGCAAAUCAAAAUUAUCCUUAAAUGUCGGCUUAGUUGAUCCUAAAGAUAGAUCUUUACAAUUCAAAACGCAUCCCAAUAUUGAUAAAGCUGCGUUUUUGAAAGAGGGUACCAUUGCUCUGAAAGAUAGCUCUAAAUCAUUCCCAACUAAUGACCACAGUUUAGGUGUUCUUAGAUGGCGUAAGAUUUGUAAUUCAGAUGAUACUAGUUUGAUACCAUUACAGAUCAAUACAUGGGUUUCUAGUGAUGAUGCUGGUAUCACUGAAGUAACAUUUGAGUUUGAAAUUACAGUCAAUUAUGAUCAACCAUUGAAAGAUUUAUAUUUUGUUAUACCAGUGUAUACAGAUAAUGUUAGUAUCAACCAAGAUGUAAAUGAUAGUCAGGCGGUCAUUAAAGGCGUUGACGAAGAACAAGGUGUUAUAGUAUAUGUAGAACAGAUCCAACCUGGAGAACAAGGUGUUUUUGGCAUCACUAUUGAUGCUGAUGAAAAUUCCUUAUUUCCAAUUAAUGUAUCUUUUGUCAAUACCAAUGCUGUUUCAUCUUGUAGUGGUGUUUCUGUGGUUAAAGUUCAAGAUGAAAAUUCAAAUUCCGAUUUUCCGUUUGAUUCUAUUUCUACUUUGAAGACAGAUAAGUAUUUAAUCAUUUAG